CAAGCUAGCGCAUUUGCAUGUCAAGACUGAAACGACUGAAGCACACUCCAAGUAUAGCUCCAAUGGCAGAUGGCUUGUAACAUGGCAGCUGUGUUCAAUAAAUGGCUCACCGACUUUGUAAGAAUUGAAUUCAAGCGCCAUGGACCACUUCAAGGUCACAUUACCACCAGUUUGGUGGCUGCGUUUAGACAACCGACUGGUUCAAACUCUUGCGUUCAGCACUGCCCCCGUCCCCCCACAAAGAGGUUUCUGCCACAGACAUUGCUUUGCAGGUUGUGUUGAGACGACAUGAAUCCUAUCCAAAGCAGUGUAAGUCUAAGACUAAGAUGCCAACAACACCGAAGCAGGGGUGCUUGGUGGCAGGAAAGAAGCCCGAAACGCCGCUUCAUUCGCAGCGCUCCUUGUUAGAGCAGCUCCGGGCUGAACUGGCUGCGGAGCGGCGGCGCAUGCAGGAGCAACAGCGACUGCAAAUGGAGCAGGAGCAGCAGAAACAAGUUCAGCAACAGCAUUUGCUUGAGCAACUCAGUCGACAGAUGCUUCAGGCUCCGCAGGAUCAGCCACACUUGUCCUCGGAGGUUCAGAGGAUGCUUUCGGAGCUCAGGACCAGUGGCGAGGCCACCAUAGCAGAACUCCGCAUUGCCUUGGAUGAGCUACGCCAAAGCAAGCAGCGAUUGGAUCGACAGGCCUCCAUGCCUGCCAUGCCCUUUCCGGAGCAGGCCUCCAUGCCGAUGCCUUUUGCGAUGGAGCAGGAGACCACUUCGUUGCCAAGGCGGGUGGAGAAGGCCUUCCGCAAGCAGAGCCCGUUGUGGGAGGAGCCAAUCCAUGCACCACCAAGCCUGCUGAGGAGUCCUCCGGCAGCUCCCCCAGACAUCUUUGGUGUCACGAUUGCCGGCUCUAAGUCCGAACCAGCUUGUCCACAUUGUGGACAAGUCUACCUUCCAAACGCGUUCUUUUGCCGAAGCUGCCAGAUGAAGCGUCACCUUCCUGAGGUGUUACAUCGGCUACCGCCUGGGCGAAGGCGCGGGCAGCCAGUCCAGCCCCUACAGGUCCCUCGGUCGGUGAUCUUCGACAAGGAGCUGGCACGGUGGGACUCCAGGGCCGAGCAGCUAGAAGCUCGCUUCCGGCGGCUGCGUGACGCACGACGCUAGGAGCUGCGACUGACCAAUGAAAUGGCGACGUGUAGGGUUGAGACCACAUCCAGACUUGAUGCAUCUAAGUCAGCCAGUUGUCCUGUUGAGAGUAAUCUUCAACGCAGACUCGCAG